GUCACGUGGGCGUUGAUCAACCGUUCAUUUUAACAUCCUAUGUUCCCCACCGUUGAUUAGUCGGAGAAAAGGCUUGUGGUCACCGUAAUUCGCCUGUUUAUGAUUUUUAUUCUGUUAACUCUCUCUCUCACUUCUCUGUUUCUUUGAGAUUCUCUGUAAGUUUUCCCCGACAUUCUUCUCUGUACGUUGUUCGUCGACCAGGAUUGUGAAUCGUUCACCGGAGUCUGUGUCAACUCGGUAACUCGGAGAAGAUUCUACCAAACUCAUUCGGGACCCGUUUGUAAACUAUCAGUUAUCUUAUAGGUCUGAUUAGAAAACUUGGCAUGGGAGUUGUGACUGUUUCCAGCUCUGCCGCACGGACGCCUUUGGGAUUGAGCACAAGAUUCUCAACUCAUCCAUCGCCAGUGAAAAGACCAUUUAUUUUGGCAUUCAAAACAGAUAAAACCAAAAAUACAGCGUUAGUUGCACUCCAAGAAUUGAUCUCCUUACCUGUAGAAACAUCUAAAAAGAACAAAAAUAGACCUCGACGAGUUAGGAAGUCUUCAGAAAGAGUAAAGGCUGUCUCUAUCGAUGAAGCUUCACCGUGUACCUUAGAAUUGGACUACAAUGAAGCUGCUGCCAAACUUGAGAAUAUAUACAAGCUUAGUCCUGGAACUAUUGUUUCCGAUAUAGACAAUAAAGAUUGUGUGACCAAGAGAAACCGGCGGAGGAGGAAGAGGAUUGCUGAAUGUGAUGAAGAGGCAGAAAAGGGAACUGUUAUAAAUAUUGUGAGGAGUCAGAGGAAGGACGAGGCAAAAAGAUUGAGUCUUGAAAAGAGGAUUGCAUUGAAGAAGCGAAACGAAGUUGUUGCUUCAACCCAGAAGAGAGUCCACUCUGAGGAUGAUGAAGAUGAAAAAACUAAUAGGCUUGUUAGGGAGUAUUCAGCUUCCACUGACUUGGUGAGCUUAGACUGGAAGAAAAUGAAGAUCCCGCCAGUUCUUCUUUCUUCGGAGCACGCAUGGUUGUUUAAAUUGAUGCAACCUAUGAAGACAAUCCUCCAAGUUAAGGAGAACUUGCAAAAUGAUUUAGGAAGAGAACCAACAGAUGGUGAGUUAGCAGAGGCAACGGAUAUGAAAGCAAUUCAACUUAGGAAACACAUGGAAGUUGGCCGAGCUGCAAGAAACAAACUGAUCAAGCACAAUCUGCGUCUUGUUUUGUUUGUUAUGAAUAAAUAUUUCCAAGAGUUUGCAAAUGGACCAAAAUUCCAAGACCUCUGUCAAGCGGGAGUGAAUGGUCUGAUUACAGCCAUUGAUCGUUUUGAACCGAAAAGGAGGUUCAGACUCUCCACAUAUGGUCUGUUUUGGAUCAGGCAUGCCAUCAUACGAUCAAUGACUGUCUCAAGCUUCAAGCGAGUCUCUUUUGGCCUUGAGUCGGUUAGAGUAGAAAUUCAGAAGGCCAAACUACAGUUGUUGUUUGAGCGGACGAGAAUGCCAACAGAGGAAGAGAUAAUAGAAAAGGUUGGAAUUUCCCCUGAGAGGUACCAUGAAGUGAUGAGCGCAUCAAAACCCGUCUUCUCUCUCCAUGGAAGACAUCCGACAACACAAGAAGAGUUCAUCAAUGGGAUUACUGACACUGAUGGCGUUGGAGGUGACAAACGCAGGCAACCCGCUCUUCUAAGGCUUGCUCUUGAUGAUGUGCUUGAUUCUCUGAAGCCUAAGGAGAGCUUGGUUAUUAGACAAAGAUAUGGGCUCGAUGGCAAAGGUGAUAGAACACUAGGAGAGAUUGCAGGGAACUUGAAUAUCUCAAGGGAGAUGGUUCGAAAGCAUGAAGUAAAGGCUCUUAUGAAACUCAAGCAUCCAACUCGGGUGGAUUAUCUUCGCCAGUAUGUUUUUUAAAUUAAUCACUUCAUCUGUAUAUUAUGGACACAUAUUCCUCUCCACCCUCUGGAUCUGCACUCUGUGCACCAUUGGUCAUUACUGUAUACGUAUUGUUGUACAAUAAGUAUCUUCAUCAUAGACCUAAAUUUUGUGGUGCACAUAGAAGUCACAUACCAUGUAGUCCAUUUUCAUAGGACCUGAAGAAGCUAUACACAUAUACGACCUGUAGUUCUUUCUGUUCUUUGUAAUAGGCGAUUACUUUAUAGAGUAUGACCUCCAUAAUAUUGCUUUUGUAUCAUUGUUCACGAAAUAUAAUCAUGUGGUCUGUUUCUUUUAUGUAUUAUGUUUUCGAAAGUUGCAACAAGAG